UGGUCUCCAGGCAUGCCUAGACAUGAACCAUAAAGGCGACAAGAUCCUUGGAGUUUCUUUAGUAACUGCAGGCCAAAUCAACAGCAACCCUAUGAACAAGCAUUCUUUUCUUCAAACAAACCUAGGCCACACACAUUUUUUGAUGUACUUCACUUUUUUAAUUAUACUACACACAAAAUAAGUACAUUUUUAAAAAUUUAGUACACAAUGGAUCUUGAUGACUUUUACAUAAAUUUUCUUUAUUGAUUAUCUUUGAAGAAAAGUUUCUAAUUUUCAAGGCAUCUAACACAACCAUCACCUUGGAUGACGACAAUCCAGCUCAGGACGCAUCCAAAAGUUGUGACUCGCAUCUAGACUCCAAGGCUCGGCGGUCCCAAAGCCUGUGAUCACCAUAGAAUUGGGCUUCAAAUGGGCCAGGAGCUCGCGCUGGACCCCAACACCUAGGGAAGAAACAGAGCUUCCGCCGGCGGCUGGUACCAACUUGCCGAGUCCGGAGGGUGGGGUGAGGGAGCUUGGAGAAGCGUCCUGCGUUGCCAUGGAAACAGGGCCCUGCAGCAACUCUAGUAACGGGAAGGAGUCUCACGAAAUUUGUUCUCCGGGAUUACUGGUGUUCGCUGGCUGCUCGGAACAGGAUGCCAACUUAGCUAAACAGUUUUGGCUCGGAGCGUCCAUGUAUCCCACUAACGAAUCUCAGCUGGUGCUGAGCAGAGGCAGCAGUCAGCGUCUGCCGGUGGCGCGGCCCACUAAGAAUUCUGUGGCUGAGAAAAGUCACCUCCAACAUAUUCCCUUUGAGAAUAAGAAGGUUACAGAUUUUAUUGCUAACACCCUAAGAAUUCAGGAAUCUGAGGAGAAAAUGAAGUAUCUACAAAAGGCUAAAAAAAGAGAUGAGAUUCUCCAACUCUUAAGAAAACAAAGAGAAGAAAGGAUCACGAAAGAACUCAUUUCCCUUCCUUAUAAACCCAAGUCCAAAGAACACAAAGCAAAUGAUAUCUUCUUCCUCUGAACUUCCAAGAGUUACUGUCUAUACAUUCUUCUGACAACGAUCUCUUAAAUAACUUAACAUUUCACAUAUUUUUCUACAAUUAUAAGCUCUAUGAAACAUUGGGUAAAAGUGCCUAGCACAAAAUAUACAUGUUGAAAUUCAGAAAAUAUUUGUAAAAACUGUUUAUUUCAAGCAGAGCAUGAUGACACAUACCUGUAAUCCCAGCAGCCUGGGAGGCCGAGGCAGGAGGAUUGCAAGUUCAAAGUCAGCUGCAGCAACUUAGCAAGACCCUGUCUCAAAAUAAAACAUAAAAAGGACUGGAGAUGUGGCUCAGUGGUUAAGCACCCCUGGGUUCAAUUCCUGGUACAAAAAAAAUAUAAUAGUACAAAAAUAUCAUGUCAUUCAGUUCAGUAUUAGCUAAUUUAGAAAUCAAUAUUUUAUAUUAUUCACUGAUUCAUACACACUUUUUAAAUCUUGUAAAUAUCUUAGACACAAUUGUAAAAUACUUUAACUUUGCCCUUUUUUCCUCCCUCCAUUCUUGCCUCUCUGCCCAUAACUCCCUUACCUACAAAGAUAGAGCCUUAACAUCCCUCCUUUAAGAAAUCUUUUUAGGGUAAUCUGGGUGCCCUUCUAUUAGAAGGAAAGAACUGGAAAGUGUGUUUCUAGAAAGGUUUUAAUAGCAAUAUGUUUAUUAUCCACCUCAGGAAUAUUUCCUUUUAAGAAGGCUAAGUAUAAGAAACAACGUUUAAUACAAAGAAAUCACUUAUCAAUGAUGAAAUCUCAAGAAUUUGGCUCUUGAGUGAACAAAAUAUAUUUAGGGUAGUUCUUCUCCAAUGCUCUUCAAAUCACACUUCACAUUUACAAUAACCAUUUCUCCUGAUAUAACUUUACACUUGGUUGCAAAGCCUAACGCAUAUUCAGAAUCCACGACAGUGAAUUUUUAUUGGGGAAAUUUUCAAAGUUGUUUUCAUGCUAUAUCAUGUUCACAAUGAUAGAGUUCUGUGUAUAGAAAUUGAUCCAUAUUAUUAC